UUUAUUUUUCACCAAAAUGUCGCUGCCACCGGGCUUUAGAGGAGCAGUAAAUGGAAUGGAAAUGAAGAUAAAAGAUCCCAUUCAGAUACAGUUGGAUGAAAAGGCACGUAAAUGGAGACAAAGUCAACGACAUCGGUUUGAAGAAAAAAAGAAACUGGGAUAUAUUGAAACACAGAAAGCAGAGCUGCCAGCAGAACAUCUGAGGAAGAUCAUCAAAGAUCAUGGAGAUAUGAGCAGCAAGAAAUUUCGUCAUGAUAAACGCUCAUAUCUUGGAGCUCUAAAAUAUAUGCCACAUGCAGUACUAAAGCUGAUGGAAAAUAUGCCAAUGCCUUGGAUGGAAGUGAAAUAUGUACCCGUGCUUUAUCAUAUUACAGGCGCAAUUACCUUUGUUAAUGAGAUUCCCAGGGUAAUUGAACCACAUUUCAUUGCACAAUGGGGUACGAUGUGGAUUAUGAUGCGACGGGAAAAAAGGGAUAGACGUCAUUUUAAACGGUUAAGAUUACCUCCUUUUGAUGACGAAGAACCAGUAAUAGAUUAUGGAGAGAAUAUUGCAGAUGUAGAACCUCUUGAAGCUAUUCAAAUGGAAUUAGAUCCAAAAGAGGAUGGAGCAGUUAAUGAAUGGUUUUAUGAACAUAAGGCAUUGCUUGAUACGGUUCAUGUGAACGGACCAACAUAUAAACGAUGGAAUCUAAAUCUUGCACAAAUGUCUACAUUAUAUCGGUUAGCACAUCAGCUUUUAUCGGAUUUAACGGAUCAGAAUUACUUUUAUCUUUUUAAUCUCAACUCUUGGAUUACGUCGAAAAGUUUAAAUAUGGCGAUUCCAGGAGGUCCCAAAUUUGAACCAUUACAUAAAGAUACAUUAGACAUGGAUGAGGAUUGGAAUGAGUUUAAUGAUAUUUAUAAAUUAAUUAUACGACACCAAAUACGUACAGAAUAUAAAGUGGCAUUUCCAUACUUGUAUAAUUCGUAUCCCAGAUCCGUGAGGUUAUCGAUAUAUCAUGAGCCAUCAACGACCUAUAUUCGAACAGAAGAUCCAGAUUUGCCAACAUUUUAUUAUGAUCCAAUUAUUAAUCCUAUUUCUAUGAGGUCAUUUAUCGAAUCUCUACCGAUAGGAUUACAUGAAGAUAAUAUUUUUCAAGGGGAAGAAGUAGACACGUUUAGAUUACCAGAAAAUCUAGAAUCAUUUCUUAAUGAUGUACCAUUAUAUACGGAAAAUACAUCUAUGGCAAUUGCACUUUGGUGGGCGCCACAUCCAUUCAAUAAAAGAACGGGAAGAAUGAUUAGGGCAGAAGACGUUCCAUUAGUGAAACAAUGGUACUUAGAAUAUUGUCCUCCGGGACAACCCGUUAAGGUUAGAGUAUCAUAUCAAAAAUUAUUAAAAAAUUACGUUUUAAAUGCGCUUCAUACAAAACCGCCAAAAUCCCAUUUAAAAAAGGAUUUAUUUCGACAAUUGAAAAAUACGAAAUUCUUCCAAACAACAACGAUUGAUUGGGUCGAAGCAGGACUUCAAGUUAUUCGUCAAGGCUAUAAUAUGUUAAAUCUUUUGAUUCAUCGUAAAAAUUUGAAUUACUUACAUUUAGACAUGAAUUUUAAUCUAAAACCUGUAAAAACAUUGACAACGAAGGAAAGGAAGAAAUCUAGAUUCGGAAAUGCAUUUCAUUUAAUGCGUGAAAUCUUACGGCUUAUGAAAUUACUUGUAGAUUCUCAUGUUCAAUACCGUUUGGGCAAUAUCGAUGCAUUUCAACUUGCAGAUGGAAUUCAUUACUGCUUUAAUCAUAUUGGCCAAUUAACGGGUAUGUAUCGGUAUAAGUAUAGACUUAUGCGUCAAAUUCGAACCUGUAAAGAUUUAAAACAUCUGAUAUAUUACCGAUUUAAUACGGGCCCAGUAGGCAAAGGGCCUGGAUGUGGAUUUUGGGCACCGUCAUGGAGAGUUUGGCUUUUUUUCAUGAGAGGCAUUGUACCUUUGCUUGAAAGAUGGCUCGGAAAUCUUCUUGCUCGACAAUUCGAAGGACGUCAUUCAAAAGGAAUUGCAAAAACGAUAACGAAACAACGUGUAGAAUCACAUUUUGACUUAGAAUUGCGUGCAGCAGUUAUGCAUAAUAUUCUUGAUCAAAUGCCUCAGGGAAUCAAAGCGAAUAAAUCAAAGACCAUUUUACAACAUUUAUCAGAAGCAUGGAGAUGUUUUAAAGCCAAUAUUCCUUGGAGGGUUCCUGGAUUGCCUGCUCCAAUUGAACAAAUUAUUUUAAGAUAUGUUAAAGCAAAAGCUGAUUGGUGGAUCUCUGUUGCUCAUUAUAAUCGAGAACGUAUUCGAAGAGGUGCUACGGUUGAUAAAACUGUUGCAAAAAAGAACCUUGGACGUUUAACAAGGUUGUGGUUAAAAGCGGAACAAGAAAGACAACAUAACUAUUUAAAAGAUGGACCUUAUGUCACAGCAGAAGAAGCGGUUGCCAUUUAUACUGCUACAGUUCAUUGGUUAGAAAGUAGAAAAUUCAGCCCUAUUCCAUUUCCUCCUUUAUCAUAUAAACAUGAUACAAAACUCUUGGUUCUUGCAUUGGAAAGAUUAAAAGAAGCAUAUAGCGUUAAGGGUCGUUUAAAUCAAAAUCAGAGAGAAGAAUUGAUAUUAAUCGAACAAGCAUAUGAUAAUCCUCAUGAAUGCCUUUCACGUUGUAAAAGAUUUUUAUUGACACAAAGAGCAUUUAAAGAAUGCGGUAUCGAAUUCAUGGAUCAAUAUUCAUAUUUGAUACCUGUGUAUGAUGUAGAACCUAUGGAAAAAAUCACAGAUGCAUAUUUAGAUCAAUAUUUAUGGUACGAAGCAGAUAAAAGACAUUUAUUUCCAUCAUGGAUUAAACCUUCUGAUUCAGAGCCUCCUCCUUUAUUGGUGUAUAAGUGGUGUCAAGGAAUUAAUAACUUAUCAGAAGUUUGGGAAACGGAUCAAGGACAAUGUAACGUUAUAUUAGAAACUUCAUUAAGUAGGGUUUAUGAAAAAAUUGAUAUUACGUUAUUAAAUCGUUUAUUACGAUUAGUUGUUGAUUCGAAUAUUGCUGAUUAUAUAUCUGGAAAAAAUAACAUUAAUCUUACAUAUAAAGAUAUGAAUCAUAUUAAUUUAUACGGAUUAAUUCGCGGGCUUCAAUUCUCAUCAUUCGUAUUUCAAUAUUAUGGAUUAAUCAUUGAUCUUUUAAUCUUAGGCUUACAUCGUGCGAGUGAAAUGGCUGGUCCUCCUCAAAUGCCUAAUGAUUUCUUGCAAUAUCGUGAUAUUGCAACUGAAAUUCUACAUCCCAUACGAUUAUAUUCACGUUAUAUAGAUAAAAUACAUAUAUUUUUUAGAUUUACUGCAGACGAAGCUCGUGAUUUAAUUCAAAGAUUUUUAACUGAACAACCUGAUCCAAAUAAUGAAAGUAUAGUAGGUUUUAAUAAUAAACGUGUCUGGCCUAGGGAUUGUCGUAUGAGGCUAAUGAGACAUGAUGUUCAUCUAGCCAGAGCAGUAUUUUGGGAUGUUAAAAAUCAUAUUCCUAGAUCUUUAACAACGAUCGAAUGGAGUGAUUCAUUCGUUGGCGUUUAUAGUAAAGAUAAUCCUAAUUUACUUUUUUCAAUGUGUGGUUUUGAAGUUAGAAUAUUACCUAAAAUAAGAAGUGCAACGGAAGAGUUUACACUAAAGGACGGUGUUUGGAAUUUAGUCAAUGAACAAACAAAAGAACGCACUGCUCAAGCAUUUCUUCGUGUAACAAAAGACGAUAUGGCGAAAUUUAAUAAUCGCAUACGUCAAAUUUUAAUGUCAUCUGGAUCAACAACAUUCACAAAAAUAACAAAUAAAUGGAAUACCGCAUUAAUAGCUCUUCUUACAUAUUACCGCGAAGCAGUUGUAUCAACUCCGGAACUUUUGGAUUUAUUAGUAAAGUGCGAAACUAAGAUUCAAACCCGGGUGAAAAUUGGAUUAAAUUCAAAAAUGCCAUCAAGAUUUCCUCCUGCUGUUUUCUAUUCUCCUAAAGAACUUGGUGGCCUUGGAAUGCUUUCUAUGGGUCAUAUUUUAAUUCCUCAAAGUGAUCUUAGAUGGUCAAAACAAACAGAAGCAGGAAUUACUCAUUUUAGAUCAGGCAUGUCUCAUGAAGAAGAUCAAAUGAUUCCCGCUCUUUAUAGAUAUAUUAUUACAUGGGAAUCCGAAUUUAUAGAUUCUCAAAGAGUGUGGUCUGAAUAUGCUAUGAAGAGACAGGAGGCAAUUCAGCAAAAUAGGCGGUUAACCUUGGAAGAUUUAGAAGAUUCAUGGGAUAAAGGUAUUCCUAGAAUAAAUACAUUAUUUCAAAAAGAUAGACAUACUUUAAGUUAUGAUAAAGGAUGGAGGGUUAGAACAGAUUUUAAGCAAUACCAAUUACUCAAAAAUAAUCCAUUUUGGUGGACAAGUCAACGGCAUGAUGGAAAAUUAUGGCAAUUAAAUAAUUAUCGAACAGAUGUUAUUCAAGCACUAGGAGGAGUCGAAGGUAUUUUAGAACAUACUAUGUUUAAAGCCACUGGAUUCCCUUCAUGGGAAGGAUUGUUUUGGGAAAAAGCUUCUGGAUUUGAAGAAUCAAUGAAAUAUAAAAAAUUAACCAAUGCUCAAAGAUCCGGUCUAAACCAAAUCCCAAACCGUCGGUUUACUUUAUGGUGGUCUCCUACAAUAAAUAGAGCAAACGUAUAUGUUGGAUUUCAGGUACAACUUGAUUUAACUGGUAUUUAUAUGCAUGGCAAAAUACCUACUUUAAAAAUUUCUUUAAUUCAGAUUUUUCGUUCUCAUUUAUGGCAAAAAAUCCAUGAAAGUAUUGUUAUUGAUUUAUGUCAAGUUUUUGACCAGGAACUCGAAACUCUUCAAAUAGAAACUGUUCAAAAAGAAACAAUUCAUCCUAGAAAAUCGUAUAAAAUGAAUAGCUCAUGUGCAGAUAUUUUAUUGUUUGCUACUUAUAAAUGGAAUGUUUCUAGGCCAUCUUUACUCAAUGAUAGCAAAGAUGUACUAGAUGGAACAACCACAAAUAAAUUUUGGCUCGAUAUACAACUUCGUUUUGGAGAUUUUGAUUCUCAUGAUAUAGAACGAUAUACUAGGGCAAAAUUUUUGGAUUACACCACAGAUUCCCAGUCAAUAUACCCUUCUCCUACAGGGUUAAUGAUAGGCGUCGAUUUAGCUUAUAAUUUACACAGUGCAUAUGGCAACUUUUUUCCCGGUCUAAAACCGUUAAUUCAACAGGCUAUGGCAAAAAUUAUGAAAGUUAAUCCUGCUCUUUAUGUUUUAAGAGAACGUAUUCGAAAAGGUCUUCAGCUUUAUUCUUCUGAGCCUACUGAGCCUUAUCUGAAUUCCCAAAAUUAUUCUGAACUUUUCAGCAAUCAAAUUAUUUGGUUCGUAGAUGACACUAAUGUAUAUCGAGUAACGAUUCAUAAAACAUUCGAAGGAAAUUUAACGACAAAACCGAUUAAUGGCGCAAUAUUUAUUUUUAAUCCUAGAUCAGGUCAAUUAUUUCUGAAAAUUAUCCAUACAUCAGUAUGGGCUGGACAAAAACGUCUUGGACAAUUGGCAAAAUGGAAAACAGCAGAAGAAGUUGCCGCGUUAAUUAGAUCACUCCCAGUUGAAGAACAGCCGAAGCAAAUUGUCGUUACACGUAAGGGUAUGCUUGAUCCUUUAGAAGUUCAUCUACUAGAUUUUCCAAAUAUUAUUGUGAAAGGAAGCGAACUUCAACUUCCCUUUCAAGCAGCUUUAAAAGUAGAAAAAUUAGGUGAUAUGAUUUUAAAGGCUACAGGUCCUCAAAUGGUUUUAAUGAAUCUUUAUGAUGACUGGCUUCAAACAAUAUCAUCUUAUACUGCAUUCUCAAGAUUAGUUUUAAUUCUUAGAGCACUUCAUGUGAAUAUGGAUAAAACUAAAAUGAUUCUUCGUCCAUCAAAAGAAAUUAUUACAGAAACUCAUAAAAUAUGGCCUACAUUAACAGAUCAGCAAUGGAUAGAUGUUGAGUUGGCCCUAAGAGAUUUGAUAUUGGGUGAUUAUGGAAAAAAGAAUAAUGUUAAUGUGGCAAGCCUUACAUCUUCUGAGGUUAGAGAUAUUAUAUUAGGUAUGGAAAUAAGUGCACCAUCUAUACAAAGGCAACAAAUCACGGAAAUCGAAAAAUCUCAGCAAGAACAAAGUCAAUUAACAGCAAGAACUACAAAAACAACAAACAUUCAUGGCGAUGAAAUCAUCGUUGUUAAUACGUCAAAUUAUGAAGCCCAAACCUUUUCAUCAAAAACAGAAUGGAGGAUACGUGCUAUAUCAACAACUAAUCUUCAUUUAAGAACGAAUCGUAUAUAUAUAUCUUCAGAUGAUAUUCAGGAUCAAGAACAAUAUACAUAUAUUAUACCUAUGAAUAUUUUAAAAAAAUUUAUAAUCAUAUCAGACUUAUAUACUCAGGUCGCGGGUUUCUUAUAUGGCGCUUCUCCUUCAGAUAAUGCUGAAGUUAAAGAAAUAAAGUGUAUUGCUAUUGUCCCGCAACUCGGGAGUAAUGCAGGCGUUCAAUUACCACAUAAACUUCCGAAACAUGAGUUUCUUCUUGAUGAUUUAGAACCUUUGGGUUGGGUUCAUACACAAUCUCACGAAAUGCCACAUUUAUCCCCUAAUGACUUGACCAUACAUUCAAGAAUCAUGGCAGAACAUAAAGAAUGGGAUUCUAAAACAAUCACAAUGACUGUCAGUUUUACACCCGGCUCCGUUUCUUUAGCUGCAUAUUGCUUGACUUCAUCUGGAUAUGAGUUUGGUGCAAAAAAUAAAGAUAUGACAAGUGGUAAUCCUCAAGGAUGGGUACCUACUAUGGCUGAAAAAUGUCAAUUAUUACUAUCAGACCGAAUCGUAGGUUUUUUUCUUGUACCCGAAGAUGAUAUAUGGAAUUAUUCGUUUAAUGGCGCAAACUUUUCAGACAAGGCGACUUAUCAUAUGAAAUUGGAUGUUCCCAUUCCUUUUUAUAGUCCUCAACAUAGGACAACUCAUUUUUCUUCGAUGAUGCAAUUAGAAAAUGAAGAUACACUAUUAGGUGAUCGUACUGAUGUAUUUGCCUAAGUAUUAUACUUAAUGAUACAAUAUGUUUGAUCUUUAUUAA